AUGCCAGGGAAAAAACCUUGCCCGCCUCCAGAACAAAGCUGCCCUCUUUGUAACUCUCCUGACAACAGUAUGAUGGUCAGCUGCGAUGAAUGCCUUAUGUGGUACCACUUCGACUGCGUAGGUGUGACUCAUGACAUAGCGAAUCAUGAGUGGAGAUGCUCGAAAUGCCGGAGUGUUCCAGCUCCUACGGAUGAUGAACCCGAUGCGGAUAAUGUGCCACCUAUACCCACCUCGCCACAGGUAUCGUUUUCAGCUAAUGGAAAACAAACAGACGAAGGCGCUCCAACAUCCCAGUUGCCAGCAGAGCUGCAACUGCAACUGCUUGAGGAAGAAUACGCACUUGAGAGAAGAUGCCUUCGAAGAAAGUACCAACUAAUGAUGACGAUCGGAGCUGCAACAGCGGGUGCUGACACCACGAUUCUUCGACCCCAACAUCACUCAUCUCCUCUACCACCGCGUCCAAGCGCUCCCAUACUUCAUCCCGAGGAUCAUUUGCUCGAAACAGCCACAGCGAAUGAAGCAGCAUUGCUUAAUCAAAGCCAAAUCGCUGCCCGCCACGCUGUUUCUAAAGAGCUUCCUAUAUAUAGUGGUAACCCUGAAGAAUGGCCCCUAUUUAUCGCUACCUUUGAGAAUACAACACGAUUGUGCGGGUACACAUCCGAGGAAAACAUGGCUCGGCUGCAGCGAUGCCUUAAAGGUAAAGCUCUAGAGGCCGUCAGAUGCCAGCUUCUACAUCCUUCGAACUUGGGUCACGUGAUGUCGACGUUUAAGAUGCUAUUCGGUCGGCCUGAAAUCAUUGUCUACUCAUUAGUGCAGAAGAUAAACCAAAUACCAUCACCAAGAGCGGAUAAAUUGAAUUCGAUAGUUGAUUUCGCUCUAGCGGUACGUAAUAUGGUGGCUACAGUGCAGGCAUGCAACCUAGAGGAACACCUCUGUAACAUCUCUCUCCUGCAAAACCUAGUGGAUCGACUGCCGCCGAUGAUUAAACUCACCUGGGCAACCCAUCGCCAAAACUUGCGGCGGAUCACACUUACCGAGUUCAGUGACUGGUUGUAUACUCUAGCAGAAGCUGCCAGUAUGGUGACAGUACCUUUCCUACCAAAUGUCACCGAAAAUAAUUCUCGGCGGGGAAGAAAAGACGACGGAUUUAUUAACGCUCAUUCCGUAAACGCGCUAGAAUCACUAUCAAGUGAACCGGCAUGCGCCGAAUGUACUAUUUGCCAAGGAAGUUGUACGUCAGUGGAGAGUUGUAAACAGUUUGCGCGUUCAGAUCACUCCGCUCGGUGGGCCCUUCUGCAGGAACACAAGCUAUGUCGCUGUUGCUUACGAGCUCAUAGAGGUCUAUGUAAAUUUGGGAAACCAUGCGGAAAAAACGGCUGCCUUUACAAACACCACCGUCUGCUUCAUAACGAUGCCAAAGAUAAAUACGACAAUGCCCAGCUUACCCAAACACAAGCAAAUGUGAACAGCCCUAGCAAUCCGGUUUUCAAUGAUUUUGCCUGCAAUACUCACCGUGUGAACGGAAGGUCCGUGUUAUUCAAAUACCUUCCCGUGACGCUGUAUAACCAGGGAUUAUCCAUAAACACCUACGCCUUCGUAGACUGCGGAUCAUCCCUAACCUUGUUAGAGGAAAGCCUUGCAACUGAGCUUAACCUUCACGGAGAAAAGCACCCGCUAUGCUUGCGCUGGACUGCCGAUACCUGCCGCUACGAGGAUUCAUCCAUUAAAAUCACGAUGGACAUAUCGGGGUCCCGCAGCUCCAGCAGAAAGUACCUUCUUUCUGACGUCUAUACAGUAAAGGAGCUAAAUUUACCCACUCAAUCCUUGUCGGCCGAGGAGCUUUCAAGAAAAUAUAGCCACCUUAAGGGAAUACCAGUGGACUCAUACGUUGAUGUUCAACCCAGAAUCCUUAUUGGUAUGAAUAACAUACGUGUCGUACAUCCGCUGCGCAGUCGUGAAGGGAACGAACAUGAACCGAUAGCAGCAAAAACGCGUCUUGGGUGGAUGGUUUAUGGUACUAGUUUGAUACACGCUGCCGUUGCUGGACCUGCUCGUAGCUACCACAUAUGCUCCCAUUCAUACAACGACAACGUUCCCACGGACAAUUAUCUUGACGCCGCCGUGAAAAACUACUUUGCUCUUGAAAGCUUGGGAAUCGUCAAACCCGAAAAGGCAUUGCUUUCUUCAGAAGACGAGCGAGCCAUGAAGAGUCUUCGUUGUAACACAAUAUUAAAAAACGGUCGCUAUCAAACAAGUCUCCUAUGGAAAUAUGACGACGUGCGCUUUCCGGACAGCAAGCCAAUGGCAAUACGGCGACAUCACUGCCUUAUGAAGAGAUUGCAACGUGAACCUGAAUUGGGAAACAUACUGCAAAAUAAGAUUGCUGAUUAUAUAACAAAAGGAUACAUCCGAAAGCUAACACCAGAUGAAUCUAUGAUGCCCACAGACCGCGUAUGGUAUUUACCUAUAUUUCCGGUAUUCAAUCUAAAUAAACCGGGUAAAGUACGCAUCGUUUGGGAUGCUGCAGCGACUGUUGGUGGGGUCUCAUUAAACUCUGUUCUCCUAAAGGGACCGGAUCUGCUGACAUCCCUACCGUCAGUACUAUACAAAUUUAGAGAACGUCGAGUGGCGAUAUGUGGUGAUAUCCGCGAAAUGUAUCACCAAGUGUUGAUAAAUGACGCUGACCAACACUGCCAGAGAUUCAUGUGGUGCGAUGAUAUGAAGACCGGCGAACCCAGCGAAUACGUCAUGAGAGUUAUGACGUUUGGAGCAACUUGCUCUCCCAGCUGUGCUCAGUUCAUAAUGAACAAAAAUGCGACACGGUUCGAGCAGCAAUAUCCUAACGCGGUAGAGGUGAUCCGACAUCGACACUAUGUUGACGAUAUGCUUGCUAGUGUUGAUACUGAGGAGGAGGCGAUUGAGCUAGCAUCGAACAUCCGUUUCAUCCAUCAGCAGGGCGGCUUUGAGAUGCGAAACUGGAUGUCGAAUUCACCAUCAGUACUACAAGCUCUGGAUGUCAGACCAACUUCAGAGAAGAGCCUGGACACACAUCCCGAUCUUGGCUUCGAGAAAGUUCUAGGAAUGUGGUGGAGCACUGUUAGCGAUGAGUUUCGAUAUAAAGUGGCCACAGGUCGCAACCAGGAGUUGCUCUCUGGAGCGAAACGACCAACAAAACGUGAAGUUCUAAGCACACUGAUGUCCACCUACGAUCCUCUCGGUCUGAUAGCGAACUACAUGAUGUUUUUGAAAACGCUUCUUCAGGAAAUUUGGAGAACCGGAACAGGUUGGGACGAAUCGAUUGGUGAAAGGGAAGUGGAAAAGUGGAAUCUCUGGUUGAGAAUUCUACCGCAAGUAGAGUCGGUGCGAGUUCCUAGAUGCUAUCAUAGCUUCAACAGUAAUAGUAGCCGAAGAACAAUCGAGCUGCAUACAUUCGUGGACGCUAGCGAAACUGGGAUCGCUGCCGUCUCGUAUUUUCGUUUCGAGGAGAACGAUCACAUUCACUGUGCAUUGGUGGGAGCCAAAACGCGAGUGGCUCCGUUGAAAUUUAUCUCAAUCCCUCGUCUUGAACUGCAGGCAGCGGUGAUCGGAGUGCGUUUGGCUCAGAACAUUCAGCAGAGUCACACCUUUGAAAUCACCCGACGUUUCUUUUGGACCGAUGCACGCGAUGUCAUGUGCUGGCUUCACUCCGACCAUCGUCGCUAUUCGCAGUUCGUCGCCUUCCGUGUGGGAGAAAUUUUAGAAUCCACCGACAUCACAGAGUGGAGAUGGCUACCUGGGAAACUAAACGUCGCCGAUGAUGCCACGAAAUGGCAACGCUUGCCAGACCUCGAUGAAAACGGUCGCUGGUUCAAAGCACCAUCAUUUCUCUGGGGACCACAAUCUGGAUGGCCGGAGUCGUCAAACAACGUUGGUACAACAAUCGAGGAGAUUCGAUCGAUCGGAUUGAUGAAAGCGAUUUCGCUGGAGAAUAUACAAACUAUCCUGUUGUACUACCACGUGACCACAUCGUCACAAAGCUCAUCCUGCAAGAAGUUCACCAGCGGUAUCAUCAUCAAUGUCAGAGAACGUUCAUCAAUGAAGUCAGUCGAAAGUACUACGUUCCGCGCGUACAUACUGUAUGCUGGAGAGUUCGACAAGAGUGUCAACGCUGCAAGAUCCGGUCUGCGAAGCCUAAUCCACCAGCUAUGGGGAAUCUACCAAAGGUCCGAUUAG